AAGAAAACUUGGUACAUUUCGCCUGGAUACCGGAAUAUACGGUAUGAACAUGGAAAGUCAAAGAAAGCCUUAAUCGACAGCAACUUGUCAAGCAAACCAUGAUGUGUUUCUGGAUGCGAGAUAUUCCAGUGUGCUAACUCAGGCUGACUGACAUGAUGAGAAAGCCAGCAAUGCAGAAGAGCAAGCAGUGGAAUAUUAAAGGAGCCAUGCACCUGGCAGGCAUUUUUCACUUCCUCCAUUCCUGUGGCUCUGGUUGCCUUGUUCCAUUCCUCACCCUCUACUUCCGGCAUCUGGGACUCACCGCCACCAUGACUGGAAUCAUCAUGGCCUCUAAGCAUCUUCUUGCCCUGGUGUGGCGACCGAUCUCCAGUGUCCUCGCCAGGCAAUAUGACAAACGGCGGACAGUCAUAGUGGGCUCGUUGCUCAGCUCUGCAUUGGUGGUUCUGUUGCUUUUGCUCUUCCCCUCUGCUGGAAUCAAAGCUGAAAGUGGCCGAUGCAAUGCUAGUCAGCCCAGUGCUGACCCUACGGAUGGAAGUGACUUCACCACUCUAGAAAGCAUGAACAUACCAUCACAGUCCAAUGCUAACGUCUAUUCGGUAAAGCAUACAACUAUCAUCACAGAACAACCAGAUGAAUUGAGCUCCACAUAUACACCCACACUUGUAAACUCCAGCUCCAGUUGGUCAAUAAGAGCGAUUAGAUCUUUAAGGAACCUUGAGGAGCAACAAGAAGAAGCUCCACACACUGAGUUUCUUGGGAGCCUCAAAGUGAUGGAUGCACAGCAUCAGAUGUUCUUUCUAGUUCUCUUUGUGAUUGUAUUGUGGGAAUUCAUGGCCGCUCCAUUAGAGUGGACGGCGGAUGAUGGACUAUAUGAAUACUUAGAUUAUGUAGAUGCUACAGGCCGCCAUAAAGGUGUUAAAGUUUGGAAACAACUUGGGGCGGCUGUUGGUACUGGCGUGGUUGGUAUUCUUGUAACCAACCUGUAUUGUCGUACCGGCACUGUGACUGAGUUGUAUUCAUACACUGCCCUCAUGAUUCUAACUGCACCUACAGCCACCCUAUUCCCACUUUACCUCCGCAAGCGUGAGCGCCCCACUAGUGGCGGCUUUAAAGCACUACAACUGGUACACGGUAACUCGCAAGCACUACUUUGUGCCAUCACUGUUGUCCUGACCGGCAUGGCGACCUCAGCUGUGUCUGACUUCCUGCUGUGGCAAAUGCAGGACCACAAUGCCAUGGAAAUCCACAUGGGCAUCUCAUUAGCCUUGGCGUACUUAAGUCAAGCUGGCUUUGCCCCACUCGCAGGACGUCUCGCUCGAUUUCUGAAGUACCAUGGGUGGUUACUGGUGCUUGCUGUCAUCAGUUUAUCCCUGCAAUGCCUUUAUUAUUCUUUUCUAUGGGGCCCAUGGGCUGUAGUACCCGCUCAAAUGCUCGCUGGCUUCAGCACUGGCGCCCUUUGGUGGUCGGUAACUUCGCAAUGUGAGGAUAUUGCCACUCCUGGGACAGAAGAGACUCUGAUAAGGCUGUUUGAAGCCCUAUCUCUGGAGCUGGGAGCUGGGUUGGGCAGUCUGAUGGUGGGAUUUGUGGUGCAGAAGUUUGGCCUCAAGAUUCUUUUCCAAGGCAUAUCAGUUAUUCUUGCGUUGUGGAGUAUCACUUUGGCUGUACUCAAGUGGAAGAUUCCAAGGCAGCGCAGGAUAAACUAUUCUCGCCUGCUGGCCGCCGACACCAGCGAAGUAAGCGAGUCCGAAUCAGACCAGGAGAACGACUGGCUGGAGACAGCUAUGGAAGAUGCCAAACGGAGUAAUAAGUGGAAAAUGGACAAGUUUUAAUCAACAUAAGGAAAUUAAACAAUGGAUUUGUUUCCCUUAGGAAUUUGUUGAAGAAUACAGAGGGUAGAUUAAAAUGGAGAUGAAGACGCCACAGUGUUUUAGUUCUUCAAACUGCAUGUUAUGUUCUUAGUCUUACUCAUCAUAUUAUCUAUCAUAGAGGGAAUGCAACUUCUCACAAUAGCAUCACAGUCAGAACUGUUUUGAUUACUUUAACUCUGUUAAUAAAUUACCCUUGACCAAAGAGGGAGUUUCAUGAUCCUGGGAUCUGUCAAGCUGGAAGAAUCGAUAACCUGGAAUCAUUUAUUCAUCCGCAUGUCAUUGCAGAUCUGUAUGACUUUCAUUUUGAAGAAUGUUACCACUGCUCUCUUUUCCAUAAAAUUAUAGGGAAUGGGGACUGGCAAGAAAGAACUGUUUUGGAAUAACAUGAGGAUACGGAGCCACUUAGAAAACAGGAAGGGAAGUUAUAAUCACAGUAGUGCCGUAUUUCUCACAAAAAGUUUUGCGUUCCGGCACAAUUAUUUUGUGUUCCCUCGCAAUAACAUUUGCGUUCCCUUUCAAUAAGCUUUGCAUUCGUUUUGCAUUCCCUCGGCUCGCAGUAGGUUUUGCGUUACCUUGCUAUUAAUUUUUAUUAUUAGGUUUAUUAUCAAGGUACUAUACAUUUUGCAUUCGUAUUGCAUUCUCUGGCAGUAGCGUUUCCCCCAUAAUUAUUUUGCCUUCACAGUUUUUUGCAAUUAUUUAGCAUUCCCUCUCAAUAAGAUUUGCGUUCAUUUUGCAUUCCCUUGCAAUAGGUUUUGUAUUCGCUUGUGAUCAUUUUACAUUCCCUUGCAAUAUGUUUUGCCUUCCCUUGCAGUAAAUGUUGCAUUCUUUUGCAGUUAUUUUGCGUUCCCUUGCAAUAAGAUUUGCGUUCCCUUGCAAUAAGAUUUGCGUUCCCUCGCAAUAGGUUUUGCAUUCCCUUGCAAUUAUUUUGUGUUCCCUUGCAAUAAGAUUUGCAUUCUUUUGCAGUUAUAUUGCAUUCCCACUCAAUAAGUUUUUAAUUCCCUCCCAAUAACUUUUGCAUUCCCUCCUAAUAAGUUUUGCGUUCUCCCACAAUUAUUUUGCGUUCCCUCUCAAUAAGUUUUGUGUUCCCUCGCAGUAGGUUUUGCUUUCCUUUGCAAUAGCUUAAUCCAUUCCUUGUGAGAAUUAAACGGAUUUACUACAGUAACUUUAGUUCAACCAUGGUAGUUGCAGGAAAACCAUUGUAACCACAAUAUUUACCAUGGCUUUACUUAAGCAACCAGAUUUAAACCAUGAUAUUUGUGGAAAAACCAUAUUAAUCUUAAAGGAAAAUCAAAAGUAUCAUCAAAUAAAUUAUGAUCAUUCUGCCAAAUAAAACAAGGUUAGUUUUACUAUAGUAACACAAUGGUUCAUUUGUGAUUGCUGUAGUUUUACUAUAGUGCAACCAUGGUUAAUUUUAAAAGGGCAUGUAUUUUAGAUGGAAACCACAGGUUUAAAAACCAUGGUACUUUAACCAUGGUAUUUGCUGUAGUUGAACAUCAAUAACCAUGUUUAUUUUGUUGUUUUUCAUGUGUUUUUUAUUUAUUUAUUUAUUUAUUGGACAUACUAAAAUUGUGAUGAUAACCAAAUUUUACUAACCAUGGUUAAUUUGUGGUAAAACAAAACAUGGACAAGUAACCAUAGUAAUUAUAGUGCAACCAUGGUUUAUUUUUGUAAGUGCAUAGUGCAAUAAUUCUAUUGCAAAGGAACCCAAAAUGAAAUAAAAUAAAAUUCCCUCCCUGUCUUCAAGGGGCUCUUUAUGAGGGUGAGUUAAUGAUGAAAAAAUGUUCUUUCUUUUUUUUUUUUUUUUUUUUUUUUUUUUUUUUGUGAACUUUUCUUAAAGCAUUAUACUUAAAAAUCUAAAAUAUGUACAUCGUCUUUUGUGAAGUGUUGUAUUACAGGGCAGCUCUCUUGUAAACGUUUGGACUAUGAGUAGAGAUAAGCUCAUCUGGUUUGUUUGCUUACAGUGAGCAUUUCCUCAUAGCCAAAAUGCUUUGAGUGCUUUGCGUUCCUAAUACUCCCACACUCUUGAGUGUUCAGCCACGCCUCCAUGAUUUUUCCACUCAUUCUUAUGUUAAGAAACUAAGCUUCAGUUACCUCUAUAACCAGAGUUUUAUUUUUAUUUUUAAUACUGAACAUGAAAGCACUCUAGUUUUGCACUAUUAAGAUAUCAAUAUAAAAGGGGUCUUUUACUGAAGCAGCAGAUAAUCGUCUUAUAUUGUUGCCAUUAGGAUCUUUACAUACUGAACCCAAUUUCAAGGGAAUGUAAACAAUAUGCUUGCCUUGUAUAAGAAGUUUGCUAAACCUGUAUUUAAAAAAUGUAACAUUUACUGUACGGCUAGUCUUAAGUGAAUUAAAUUCUAGACUGCAGUCUGUGUAUUUGUGACUGACCUUUUUUUUUUUACCAAAAACAGACAAAAGGAAUGUUUCAUUAGAUGUCAUCACAAAUGCAUUGAAUGAGUAACUAUUUUUACGUUUGAUAUGUUAAAAUCAAGAAUGUAUAUUAAAUGCUUGUUUUUACAGUUGAAGUCAGAAGUUUACAUACACCUUAGCCAAAUACAUUUAAACUCAGUUUUUCACAAUUCCUGACAUUUAAUUGUAUAAAACAUUCCCUGUCUUAGGUCAGUUAGGAUCGCUACUUUAUUUUAAGAAUGUGAAAUGUCAGAAUAAUUGUAGAGAGAAUUAUUUAUUUCAGCUUUUAUUUCUUUCGUCACUUUCCCAGUGGGUCAGAAGUUUACAUACACUUUGUUAGUAUUUGGUAGCAUUGUCUUUAAAUUGUUUAACUUGGGUCAAACGUUUUGGGUAGCCUUCCACAAGCUUCUCACAAUAAGUUGCUGGAAUUUUGGCCCAUUCCUCCAGACAGAACUGGUGUAACUGAGUCAUGUUUGUAGGUCUACUUGCUCGCACACUCUUUUUCAGUUCUGCCCACAAAUUUUCUAUCGGAUUGAGGUCAGGGCUUUGCGAUGGCCACUCCAAUACCUUGUCUUUGUUGUCCUGCUUGGGGUCAUUGUCCAUUUGGAAGACCCAUUUGCGACCGAGCUUUAACUUCCUGGCUGUUGUCUUGAGAUGUUGCUUCAAUAUAUCCACAUAAUGUUCCUUCCUCAUGAUGCCAUUUAUUUUGUGAAGUGCACCAGUCCCUCCUGCAGCAAAGCACCCCCACAACAUGAUGCUGCCACCCCCAUGCUUCACGGUUGGGAUGGUGUUCUUCGGCUUGCAAGCCUCACCCUUUUUCCUCCAAACAUAACGAUGGUCAUUAUGGCCAAACAGUUCAAUUUUUGUUUCAUCGGACCAGAGGAAAUUUCUCCAAAAAGUAAGAUCUUUGUCCCCAUGUGCACUUGCAAACUGUAGUCUGGCUUUUUAUGGCAGUUUUGGAGCAGUGGCUUCUUCCUUGCUGAGCAGCCUUUCAGGUUAUGAAGAUAUAGGACUCAUUUUACUGUGGAUAUAGAUACUUGUCUACCUGUUUCCUCCAGCAUCUUCACAAGGUCCUUUGCUGUUGUUCUGGGAUUGAUUUGCACUUUUCGCACACCAAACUCUGUUCAUCUCUAGGAGACAGAAUGCAUCUCCUUUCUGAGUGGGAUGAUGGCUGUGUACUGAGUACUAUUGUUUGUAAAGAUGAACUUGGUACCUUCAGGCAUUUGGAAAUUGCUCCCAAGGAUGAACCAGACUUGUGGAGGUCCGCAGUAUUUUUUCUGAGGUCUUGGCUGAUUUCUUUUGAUUUUCCCAUGAUGUCAAGCAAAUUGCAGGUAGUUGAAGG